AGGCAGGCAAAAUUUGAAAUAAUUUUGAAAAGUGUGUUGCGUUGCUCGGUGUUCGUUGUACGGGAUUAUUUAACGCUCGCUCUGUGCCACCGCCACCAUCACCACCAACGAAAGAAAAGCUAAGCAAAAAAUAAAAUUAUUUAAAAAUUCAAAUUAUAACCAAAAAAAAUAAUAUUUUCAACCACUGAAAAUGAGGGGUUACACCUAACAAAUGAUAAAAAAAAACCCAAAUGAAAAGUAAAACGGUUGAAUCGCAGCUUAAAAACGCAACGAAACUAAAAUACUAAAACGAAAAGUGCAUUUUUAGAUGAAGAAAAAAUUACGUAGUAUAGAAUUUAAGGUUCAUUUUGUUAUAAAAAAAUUAUUUUAUAUAUAUCUUUAACAUAUAUUCGAGUGUUUUUUAUGGGCAAUCAACAAGGAAAAUUACAACAUCAAACCCAAAGUGGCCGGCCAAAGAAAAAUGUCCAUUGGAAAUCAGCAGAACGUCCCUCACCGCCUGGACGUCCACUGUUAAUAGCACUCUCUGAACAACAACCGGAUGUUGUUAGCCUACGAUGGGAACGUCCAAGACUCGAUGGAGGUUCUCCCAUUACGGGCUAUAUUGUUGAACAUCGUCGCAUGGGCUCUCCACAUUGGGUGAAGGCUACCCCCAUACCUGUAAGCAACUGUGAUGUGUCCAUUAGUGGCCUAGAACCGGGAUGGCGUUAUCAGUUCCGUGUAUUUGCCGAAAAUGUUGUUGGACGAUCCGAUCCCAGUGAAUUGUCCGAUGUACUAACCGUAACACUGCAACGCAAUGCCAUUAGUGUACCACGCUUUAUUGACGAACUGCAGGAUAUGCAUGCUGUCGAAGACGAACGUUUGGAGUUUCGGGUGAAAUUUCUCGGUCAACCACCGCCCGAAAUUAAUUGGUUCAAAGAUGGCUAUGAAAUCUUCAGUAGUAGACGAACGAAAAUUGUAAACGAUACCGAUGCCAGUGUCUUGAUCAUACAUCAGGUGGCCUUGACCGAUGAGGGUGAAAUCAAGUGCACGGCAACCAAUCGAGCUGGUCAUGUUGUAACAAAGGCGCGACUGUUUGUGCAGGCACCGCCUAAAAUACGUUUGCCACGAACCUAUGAAGAUGGCCUAAUUGUGGAGGCAGAAGAGGCUCUACGCCUAAAGGUUGGCAUAGCUGGUCAACCCUUACCUCUCAUAACCUGGAUGCAUGAGGGCGAGGCUGUACCCAAUGCGGGAAGGUUCGAGAUAACCAAUUCCGAAAAGAAUUCCAUGUUGAAGAUAGACAACGUACAGCGCGAAGAUCGCGGCGAGUACAGCAUUAAGGCCUCUAAUAAAUUGGGUGAAGACAUUGCCUCUUUUUUGGUUACAGUCACCGCCCGUCCAAAUCCUCCUGGUAAGGUGAGGCUCAAUAUGUCUUUCGGCAAAUCAGCCACACUGUCCUGGACUGCCCCAAUCGAUGAUGGCGGUUGCAAGAUUGGCAACUACAUUGUCGAAUAUUUUCGCAUUGGCUGGAAUGUGUGGCUUAAAGCGGCGACCACACGUUCCCUUAGUACCACAUUGAAUGAUUUGAUAGAAGGCUCAGAGUACAAGUUUCGCGUUAAGGCGGAAAAUCCCUAUGGAGUAAGUGAUCCCAGCGAAGAGUCGGAUGUUCUAUUCAUACCAGACCCCAAACGAGGUAUUACAAAGCCAAGUUCAGAAGUGAAAUUGAAUGAGGACCCGAAUAAGCCAGUACCCCCCAGGAGAAAGACAUUGUCGCCUUCACGACCAACGGCAGAUGCUGCCACGGAGACCUUGGGUCGUAUCUCACCCAAGGUGGAUCGAAAAAUUCGGCCCCAAGUAUUCGACAGUGAAGAUCUACAUCGAGAAAUGUCCUAUGGCACGGCGGUGGGAAAAACUCCUUCACCAAUGGCCUCCAAUGAUGCCAUUAGCAAUAAGCCCUCCGUUGGGCCCAACAAAUUAACCCUGAACAUUGAAGCUGCCAUAGGAAGGGAAGGCAGAUCGCCGCAACGUUCGCCCACGACAGCAAAGAAGCCAGUUUUCUUGCAAAACGUUUUGAAGCCAAAAGAAUUACCAAUGUCUGCCAAUAAGGCACCGUCAUCGCCCAAAACCGCGCCUGUGGCUGAAAACUCUACGAUUAUGGAUUUUAUGAAGACACGCAAUCGUAGUGACAGCCCUGACAUUAAGCACGACGAAGAUGUGCCUAAACUUAAGAAGACAACCCCCUCCACAACAUCGUCAACUUUACAGCGUGGUCCUGCAUUAGGAAAAUCAGCGAUGGAAAAAACUGCACCACCAUAUACCGGCUUACCGACUUUGGGGGCAGCUGUUCAGAAGGCUCCCGCACUGGCUAUUGCCAUAGCCACCAGCACUAUGAGCAAAGAGAGCGAUAGCAAACCGACACCAAUGAAUGGCAUGGCUAAGGGAAGCAAUGGCAGAAAUACGACAGCCACCACUCCCACCAUUGAAAUCAGUGCUCCUCCCCGAGUGAUUGUCAGCACUGCUGCUCCCACCAAUCCUACCACACCAGAAACGGUGACCACCAACACCUCCUUAAUGGCAUCCAAAAAUCCAACUCGCAAACUGUCCCAUACCGAAAAGCAUGAUGACGUGCACACCAGCAAUGAAUUCAUGCUUGUGGUAUUCGACAAGAAUAGCAAGGUCAAGGACAAAGACAAGCAAGAUUCCUUCGAAUUGGAUCUAGAGGAUGCCAUACAACCUCCCCCCAUCUCCAUAUCGGCUCCCGAUUUAGCUUUACUGGAAUAUUCCACCCUGCACACCUUCCCUUUGCGUCGUUCGGUAAGCUCCACGGAAUUGCUGUAUGAGCGAGCCAUGGCUCGUUUCUAUGAGGCUGUAGAGCUGGAGGAAGCCGAAAAGGCUCGAAAACUAAAGGUAUCGCAAGACAAGUUAGCUGCCCCCACCAAUGUUCGCAAACGUUUGGGUUCCAUGACCGAAGCCGAGAGACUGUCCUUCGAGAGACGCAGUGAAAUGCGAAGACAAUCGGCCGACAUUACCCAAGAUGUCAAGGCCUUGCACAAAUGGAACUCCAAAGAGAAUGUAGCAGAUGUAGCGUUAAUGCCCCGCACAACACCACAAAUGCUCAACAAACGCCAGGAAAGCCAAGAGAGUGGAGAAGUCAGUGAUGACUAUCAAGUCGGAAGUGGGCCUAUUCGAGAAGAUAGCUAUGAUUUGGGUUCGGAUUAUACCGAAAGCACGGCCUCUUCCGAUGAAGACUCAAUCGAGAAAUUCAAAAUGGAGCUAAUGGCCCGCACAAACUCGCCCAGUCCUCGCGAGCUGGAGACAUAUCAUCCACGUGACAUGUCUGCGGGAGUUUUCACUCCCUACCGUGCCCCUACCCCCAAUGAGGCUGCCUUAGUGUUGACAAGACCUGUGCCUUUGCCUAGUCCCGAUUUUGUGCCGAAACCCAUUUUGAAAAGACCCUCUUACGAAAAUGUCCUACAAGCCGAAACACCAAACAAUGAACCACCCUCUCAUUCAAAGACGGACAGCAGUUCCAUAGAUAAGCUCGAUAUAGCCAAGGGUAUCAAAUCCUUCUUCAAGAGAGACAAACGUUCGGCCACUGAAAAAAAUACCGAGGAGAAUGAAAUGAUUUCCAAUCCCCAAGAAAAAACCAAUGCCACAUUGCUGAAAGCGGAAGCCGAGUCAAAACGCAGGUCCAAGGAAGAAGAAGAGGAGCGCAAACGCAAAGAAGCAGAGCGUAUAAUGUUGGAGGAGUCGCAUGCAGCCGUAGAUCAUUACAGCGAGUUGGUGCAACAGGUAAGCAAAACUAGGAAGUACCACACACCCAUUUACUUGGAUCAGGAGGAGUUGAAAAAGAUAGCUGAAAAGGCAAAACAGGAAGGAGUUGCGGUGGAUGAUGACGAUGUGGAAUAUAAUUCUCUCUCUGCCAGGCGGUCACAAAGUCCUGAGGGCCUAGUGCCUCCGGUAAGCGAUAAGCCCCGGUUAUCCAUUUCGGAACGAGGUCAAAUGGUUCAUGUUCGCGAAACUGCCAGUGAUAUGUCUAUGAAACAAGAGCAAUAUCAAGCCUCAGAAUCAGAAACGCCCAGUGAAAAGAAUGUUCCUUUGUCAUUUGCUGUGCCCAAUACCAACAAAACUGAAACGCCACCAGCACCGCCAACACCACCACUCAAUUCGCCCACGACACCACCUGUGGACGACUGCGAGACUAUUAGCACUGUUAUAAGCGAAACUGUAGAGGAACGUCCCGAUUCAAGAGGUCGCACACGUCUGGUUAAAGUGAAACGUGUUCUCAGAAAGAGAAUUCCCUCGGCAACUCGUUCACGUGAUACAUCCAUCAGCAGGCCACCUUCAAGUAUGGGCUCAGCAUAUGAUCCACUAUCGUCGCCAGCCCCACCUCGAUCUCUAUCGAUAACAAGAAGAUCAGCUACAACAGAGUCAAGAUCACCCGGUCCCCUGGGUCGAAGGCCCCUAAUCGCCGAUAACAAAGCCAAAUCUUUGGAAGAUCACUCUCACUCCAAGCCACUUCUACUGCCCUCCUCCUCGCAAGAAUCAACAAGCGAAGUUGCCGCACCCAUCAGUGAUGAAGAGGCCCAGGAGAAGGUCCGUUCAGCCAUAUCAUAUUCCACCGAUAUGGUACUCUUCGUAGUGGCCUGUUAUCUGUAUCUGUUCAAAGACGCCCGACUGGUGUUGCCCAUACUGGCACUGAUGAUUUAUCGCCAAUUGGGCGAGGCCAUCAACCGAUGCAUACCCAGUUGGUUGAAGCAUAAAAAAGAAUAACUCCCCCUCGACUAGCGCAAAAAACAAGCGGCGAGAAUGCGGAUUUUGUAGUUUUAAGCUAUUUUAUGAUGUUUGUAUAGAAAUGAUUCUACUUCCAUUGAUUUUGAUUCGAAACGAAAUGAAUUGGAUUCAGGACUCGUACUUACUUACGCGACACAUACAUACAUACGUCCUUUUUUUCUUGAUUCAUGUAUUCAUUAAGUAUUUGUUUGUGCAUGUAUUGUUGAAAAGGGAAAACUUGUCAUACUUUUAAUUAUUAUUUAUUAAUCUGUGCGUAUAUAAAUUUACCUUAUCAUGGUACAUACAUACAUAUUUCUUUUACGAUUACCAUCAUGUUUUGUAUACGUAAA